AUACUAACUUCCAGGAAUGUGGAAGUCAUUAGUGAUAGUGGAUGGUUAGGUUGUAAAGCUAAAGAGACGCUUCAAUACAACAGCGACCAGUUUAUAGCUAAGAGACGAUUCUGAUCCUCAUAAAGAUCCCCAGAUGAUGAAGGCAAUCCUUAUCUUAGCAGCUCUGCUCUGCUGCUGUUACCUGGGAGCUUGCCAGGUGUACUCGUGCCCUCCUGUCUCCUCUGAUGAAGCUGGCCUCUGCUCUGAGGACUGCAGUGAUGACAGCGAUUGCCCCACUCCUCACAAGUGUUGCUCCAAUGGUUGUGGACACGUCUGCACGCCUCCCACCCUCACACCAUAUACCCCACCCCCUCACCUAUGUCCCACUCCCAACGACGACAUUGCCGGAAUGUGUACUGAAGAAUGUAACACCACGUCAUGUGACUCAGGCUACCAGUGCUGCUCUAAUGGGUGUGGUCGAUCCUGCGUGUCCAUAUGUAACCUUGUAUCGACCAAUCAGACGCUCAUUGGGGCCUAUCGUCCACAGUGUGAGGAUGAUGGGUUGUUCUCCGCAGUGCAGUGUCAUGCAUCCACUGGCUACUGUUGGUGUGUGGACACACUGAGUGGAGAGCCGAGGUCUGAGCUCAUUAGAGGGGAGGAGCCUCAGUGCAGCUGUGUGUACGAUGGUGAGGUGAGGUCAGUGGGGGAGGUGUUCCGGGCCAUCGAUGGAUUCAACUACUGCACAUGUACAGUGACUGGACCACAGUGCACUGAGAACAAAGUGUUCCACUCUUGCCCCCCAGUGAGGGAGAAUGAGGCUGGUAUCUGUGUGGCAGAGUGUACCCUGGACUCUGAGUGUCCCCAUGACACACAAUGCUGCUACACUGGUUGUGGCUAUUCUUGUACUGACCCUGAGGUCAUUCCCUACAUACCCCUACCUACGAUGAACACUUGCCCUCCCACUAACCAAAUACCCUGCGCUCUGACUGGAAGAUCAUGCGCCCAAUCCAAUGAUGAGGAAACCUCUGAUGAUGAGGAAACCACAGAUGAUGAUGAUUCUGACUCGUCUGAUGUGAUGGAAUGCAAUGAAGACUCGAGUAUGUGCUGUGAGAAUGACUGUGGUGGCUCUGUGUGUGUGUACAGCACUGGUCCCACUCCCUGCAAGGCUGCUCGUGUCAUAGCCAAGGAGAGGAACAACACUAGGGACAGCAUGAUUGGACGCUACUCCCCACAGUGUGACUUUGAUGGCCAUUUCAGACCUGUUCAGUGUCACGAGCAUUUCUGCUGGUGUGUGGAUGAGCACAGUGGAGAGCCAGAGUCGGAUAUGGUCGCAUUCGAGCACCUUGCCAACUUGCGGUGCACAAAAUGUGUGUAUAAUGGUCUCAAGCAUGGCUACCUGGAUCAGUUCCCCUCUCUGGACGGAUGCAAUACUUGUACUUGUGUGUAUGAUGGUGUCAUCUCCUGCACUGAGGUGGGGUGUGUUGUAGAACCUGAGGGAGAGCGUAGUGUUUGGGACUGGUGGCACUCCAUCCUCAUCUAUUGUGUGGUGGCAGUGAUUGUACUCACUCUGCUUGUACUCAUCCUCCUAGUGGCUGUGGUGAUUACUUUCAAGAGGAACAGCUUCCGACACAGAAGACUCAAGGAGGCAGCAGUCCACUUCGACUCUGAGAUGGACACUGUGUACUUCAAGCAAGGCCAGGACCUCACUAGUGUGGAGCUCAAGGUGCCCCCAGUGGAGGAGCAUGGGCCUGGAGGAGAGGACCAUGCUUAGCUAGCUACACACAACACUCAAUAACACUCAUCAUUCAGUCUAGCUCUGUUGCACUACCUCACUGUAUUACUAACUGUUGUUGUUGUUGUUGGGUUUGUUAUUAAAAUUAUUGCUGUUUCAAUUUUAAAA